CCAUCACUUCACCAGCACCAAGAGCAACACAGCCACACGCAGCGAACGAGAGCGGCAACAAUGGAGCACCCGGUCUCCCCAGCGACCCCUCCUUCUCUUGGUCGGCACAACGAAGCUCUGUCUCAGAGGAUGAGGAACGACAUCUGCUUCUCCUGUAACAAACAGGGCCACUGGAUGAAAGACUGCCCCGACAAGUCCCCCGCCAGAUCGCAGCCGUCCGCCGCCGCCUCCUCCUCCGCGACCCCUCCUUCUCUUGAUCGGCACAACGAAGCUCUGUCUCAGAGGAUGAGGAACGACGUCUGCUUCUCCUGUAACAAACAGGGCCACUGGACGAAAGACUGCCCCGACAAGUCCCCCGCCAGAUCGCAGCCGUCCGCUGCCUCCUCCUCGGCGACGCCUCCUUCUCUUGAUCGGCACAACGCAGCUCUGUCUCAGGGGAUGAGGAACGGCGUCUGCUUCUCCUGUAACAAACAGGGCCACUGGACGAAAGACUGCCCCGACAAGUCCCCCGCCAGAUCGCAGCCGUCCGCCGCCGCCGCCUCCUCCUCCUCGACCCGCUCCGCCGACGUGCCGGUUUUCCGGUGCCCGUGUGGCGCCGGCGCAUGUUACGUCUGCACCUCCCGUACCCUGCGGAACCCGGAUAGGAAGUUCUACAGAUGCCCCGAUAGAUCCCCCAACGGUGCUGGUGGGUGUCGUUUCUUUGCGUGGUGCGACAAGUACAGCGCUCCGAUGUGUCCCUGUGGUGCCGGGAGAUGCAGCAUCAACAUUUUUGAGGAUCCUCCACAUAAGGGUAGAGAAUAUUUUUCUUGCCGUAUCAAAAAGGGACACGGAGCGUGUACAUUCUUUCAAUGGGCAAAUUCUCCUGCAGAAAAUAUGGCCUCAAGAGAUGCUGCGACUUCUAUUGUUGCACCAACAGAACUCAUGGAAAUUGAGUCAGCAAUGGUGGAUGCUGGUGAAGAUUACGAGGAGGAUCCAUUAUCGAUGAUGGAUAGUGGACAGAUUCAAGAAGUUAUUUGCAGAUUCUCUGCACCAGAACGUGAUGUGAGGGUUUUGGAGGGUGAAAGUUUCAUUCCCGAGGCCGAUUUGGAUUCUCAAGAGUUAGCUACGGAGGACGUGGAUUUGGGGGAGUCUACGACAGAGCAAAUGCAGCUUGUUUCCUGUGUAACAUCUCCAGCGGCAGUUUGUCUCAGACAGCAAGAACACUCGAGGCAGAUAUCAGCUGCUGGUGGCAUACUUGCUGGAAGUAGAGAUAUUGUUGAUAUGGUAUUCGACCGUCUAGGUAUAAGCUGGUGCGGGCAUCUUGCUCUCCCUCCUUGUCCAAGCUUAGCUGAUCCAUCUCCAACACCUUCCUUCUGUGGUAAUUUCACUCUAGGGAAAGUGUUGGUGUUAAAUCAGAUAGCAAAGUUUGUUUUUAAAGAUGUCAUUGAUCUCUUCGAGAAAAAUUCGCUUGAUCAUGGGCGUCUGGAACAGGAGGCUAGAGAUCACCUCGAUUUUCUCCCCGUUGACAGUAGCCAAUUCAAAGAGCAGGUGAAGGAGUGCCUCCACUGUGCUUCCCGGCUUGCUGAAGUCGAACGUCCCACCAAUGAACCUGCAAUCCGGGAGCACUGCGAUCGUGCAAAGAGGAGGUUUUAUGACAUCUCCGAGAAACAUUCAGUGACAUCAGAUGCAUGUGCUGCUUGCGAUGGACGAAUCACCCGUCUCCGGGAAGAUUACUGUCGUGCGAAGGAGACACUGCUCAGGAUUGAGGCAGAGCUGCACGGGUGUGAGGUGGAGCAUGCGGAGCUCCAGGGACGGCUCGCCGAGAUAACUCGAGAGAUGGAGGAGGCCAAGAGCGGCAUGGAGGAAGCUUCUCUGGCGGUGCAACGUAGAGAAAUGGAGAGGUGCGCCGCAAGGGCUGCCUUGGAGAAGGCGAGGCUCCAACUCCGCAGUAAUCUUCGAAAAAGACCAUGCCUGGUAACACACCAACCUUAA